AUUAAGGUAACACUUUCUUUACAAUUCAAAUAUGAGAUCCACGAACUUUUAGUAUCAUAAAAGUUUCUAAUUAAGGGAAUCCGACUAAUCCCAUUGCUUUCACAGAAAAAUCGCCGCUGCAAAGUCAGUUUUCUUCCUCUCCUCAGCCAUUUCCUCAAUGUAUUGUACACCAAACCCAGUAAUGAAUUCCUUACCAUUGCCCAAAGUUGGCGGCCAGCUCGUUUCCUUCCCAUCAUCUCAUUUUGCCGCUCCAAAAUCCCAGUAUUUCUCACUUGCUUGCGUACCUGAUAACCUUUCCUUCUCACUUUCUUCCUCCUCUCUCCCCUUCCUUCUAUCUUCUGGGAUGGAGAAACGCAAACCCCAUUUGGGAUCUCUGGUGUCUGCCAUAACCGCCCAACAAGAAGAGGACAACACUAUCCUUGACCAAGAUGAAGAUGGAGGCAAAGCUUUCCACUUUAAAGGAGACAAAGAAGGGAUUUUGGAGGCUGUUGCUGAGGAAGGGUCUGCAAUGCAUUCUGAAUCUCAUAUAUCCCAAGGGGAGGCUUUGAGAGACAAGGAAUGGGAAGUGGACAGGUUUCAGGAUGAGGUUGCUGCUAGCCAGGGUAUAAGGAUUCGGAGAAGGCCAUCUACUGGACCACCUUUGCAUCAUGUUGGCCCUUUCGAGUUUAGGUUAGAGAAUGAAGGGAACACUCCACGGAACAUACUAGAAGAGAUUGUAUGGCAAAAGGAUAAGGAAGUUAACGAGAUGAAGGAAAGAAAGCCUCUUAGUGCAUUGAAAAAAGUACUUGACAAAGCUCCGCCGACUAGAGAUUUUAUUGGUGCUCUUAAAGAAUCAUAUUCUAGAACUGGAGUGCCUGGUUUGAUUGCUGAAGUAAAGAAGGCUUCCCCAAGCAGAGGGGUGUUAAGAGAAGAUUUUGAUCCUGUUGAAAUUGCCAAAGCUUAUGAGAAAGGUGGAGCAACAUGCCUGAGUGUCUUAACUGAUGAGAAGUUUUUUAUGGGAAGCUUUGAAAACCUUGAGGCCAUAAGGAAUUCUGGAGUAAUGUGUCCAUUACUAUGCAAAGAGUUUAUUAUUGACGAAUGGCAAAUUUACUAUGCUCGAGCCAAAGGGGCUGAUGCAGUUCUUCUAAUUGCUGCCGUUUUACCCGAUCUUGAUAUAAAGUAUAUGGUUAAGAUCUGCAAAUUGCUUGGGCUUGCUGCACUUGUUGAGGUACAUGAUGAGAGGGAGAUGGACCGUGUGCUUGGAAUAGACGGGAUUAAACUGAUUGGCAUCAAUAACAGAGAUCUAGAAACUUUCAAAGUUGAUAUUAGCAACACAAAGAAACUCCUGCAAGGGGAACGUGGGGAAAUUAUCUGCGAAAAGGGCAUAAUUGUUGUCGGGGAGUCUGGACUGUUCACACCGGCUGAUAUUGCUUAUGUACAAGAAGCUGGCGUUCGAGCAGUCUUGGUGGGGGAGUCGAUUGUGAAACAUCGAGACCCUGCACAAGGAAUUGUGGAAUUAUUUGGAAGAGAUAUUUCUUAUUGAGCCCAGAUCCCACAAGAUUGUAGGAUUUCGGGGUUUGAAUGAACCUUGCAGUAGAUCCCAUUGAACCGAGCGGAGCCAGGGCAAUACAAAGAAUAUUUUUGAUUUUUUUUUUACCCAGAAUUUUUUAUCCUAAAAAUAUCGGCAUUUUUUAAAUUUGGGGUGGGCCGAGUCUAGGUCCCCCCCCCCCCGAGUGGAUCAAUGGUUCUUAUACAAAUUUUUGUGAUGUCCAAUGGUUCUUAUACAAAUUUUUGUGAUGUCCAAUGGUUCUUAUACAAAUUUGUGCUCUAUCUAGUGGCUUAACAUCUUUAAAAGCUUUCCUGAUACCGGUUAGUUAGUUAGUUAGUUAUCUCUCGGUGAGUUGCCAAUAAAAAGAAUUUGCUAGUCCUCUUUAACACGUGUCUGCUGUUGGACAAGAUAUUUUUAUCAUUAUGAUCAAUGGGAUCUACUGCAAGGUUCAGUUUGUACCGGGGGUGGAGAUACAAAUCCAUAAUUGGUUAACGGUAAAUAACCGAAAAACCAUUAUUUUUUCGUCAGUCAUACCGUGUGUAACAGGAGCCUAACUCAACUGUUAAUUGAUCAAAAGAUUAACAAGAGCCUAACUCCAUUGAUAAUCUUGGAUGCAAGAAAGUAUUAGAAGAAUCAGAUAGAAUUUGCGAAUGAAUUCUUUAUUUACUG